UUGGUUACGCCUAAACUUUAACUUAAAGAAAAUUUAACAAUGGGAGCUAAUCAAGGUAGAGAAGGAAUUGAUGCUGCUUCUAGAGGUCUCCCCGGCCGUCCCGGUGCUAUCUCUCCCGGCAACAAGUACACCGUUCAACCGCCUGCAUCAGCACAGGCUCUUCAGGCUCUGCUGAAUCCCGUCAAGACGACAGAGCAUCAUUCUUUGGACAGAACACUAAAGGGAUUCCUGAGGCACUGUAACUUAGGAGGACUGGAAUACAGACUAAGACUAGCUGGUAUCUACUCACUAGAGGAUUUGGUUCAUAUUGACGAGGCAAAGCUCUGCCGUCAUGGCUUCACUCAGCUCAUGGCCAAGAGACUCUAUGACUCGCUUGACGAGUAUCUUGCGGAACCGGAAGAGAUCACACCCCCAGUUCCACUGAGAAGACGCCCAUCGGAAAUGGUGCGGAGGGUGCAGAUGCCGUUCACUCGU